UCUAUCCAUCCCUCCCUCAUCCAUCUAUCCAUCCAUCUAUCCACCACGGACAAUAGAUUUAACGGCAGUAUCCUUCUCUGGAUUUUAGCCUGGAUGUAAUCUCUGUCUGUCUGUGUGUGUGUGUGUGUGUGUGUGUGUGUGUGUGUGUGUGUGUGUGUGUGUGUGUGUGUGUGCUCUGCCUCCAUAACUGCUGUGUUUAUAGCUACUAGCUAGCUCAUCCUCUCAUGUGUUGCAGGCAGGCAGUGUCUGUACACUGUGGAUGCAUGCUUCCCGCUAGCCUUGGUUGCUAUCUGAUAGUGGCUUUUUCUGGCUUGUGUCCUGCAAUUACGUUACAGUCUGGGCUCUGGCCUGGUGUCUUGUUGGCAGUCCUCUUGAAGGGUCUGGACCCUGUUAGGGAGUGCGGCACUGUGUGUGUGUGUGUGAGAGAGGGUGUGUUUGUGUGUGCGGUGACGGGGUGUGUGUAUUCGCCGCCAGUGUGUGUGUGUAUGCCUACCUGGCUGUGGUAGUCAGUGCUGCUGGGGAGAGGCGAGAGCACUCUCAUCACCACACCGUCCGCCAGCCGAGGCACAAAGGAACCACAACAUCCAGAUUAGGGCUCUUUGUAACCCAGCCGACGGCUCUUUAAAGGAGGACUAAAUGCAUCCUGUAAAAGAUGACGAAUCGAUCUACCGCCGCGGGGCCAGAAGAUGGAGGAAGCUCUACCGAGUAAACGGACACCUCUUCCAGGCCAAGCGCUUUAACAGGAAAGCGUACUGUGGCCACUGCAGUGAAAGGAUAUGGGGGCUGGGGAGGCAGGGCUACAAGUGUAUCAACUGCAAACUGCUGGUCCAUAAGCGCUGUCACAAACUCGUCCCUCUGACCUGCCAAAGGCAUAUGGAUCCAGUCAUGCCAUCACAGGAGCCCCCUUUAGAUGAGAAGAAUGAAGAGGUGGACCUCCCCCCUGAACACACAGAGGAUACAGAUGGAAUAACUUUCCUACCACACAGUCGCAAAGUGGACACAGUGGAAGAGGACUCGAAGGACAUCAAAGAGGUGGUGGGCAGGAUCGACGGUAUCAAGAUCUCCCAGGAGAUGGCGCUGGGCCUGGGGGACUUUGACCUGAUCCGGGUGAUCGGCCGCGGCAGCUACGCCAAGGUGCUGCUGGUGCGACUCAAGAAGAAUGAACAGAUUUACGCCAUGAAGGUGGUCAAGAAGGAACUGGUGCACGACGACGAGGACAUCGAUUGGGUGCAGACAGAGAAGCAUGUGUUUGAGCAGGCGUCUACCAAUCCGUUUUUAGUGGGCCUUCACUCCUGCUUUCAGACAGAGAGCCGGUUAUUUCUCGUGAUCGAGUACGUCAACGGAGGGGAUCUGAUGUUUCAUAUGCAACGGCAACGGAAACUACCAGAAGAACAUGCGAGAUUCUAUGCUGCUGAAAUUUGUAUCGCUCUGAAUUUCCUGCACGAAAAGGGAAUCAUCUACCGAGAUUUGAAACUGGACAACGUCCUCUUGGAUCACGAGGGACACAUCAAGCUCACAGACUACGGGAUGUGCAAGGAGGGCAUCAGACCUGGAGACACCACCAGUACAUUCUGUGGAACCCCCAACUACAUCGGCCCUGAGAUCCUCAGAGGGGAAGACUAUGGGUUCAGUGUUGACUGGUGGGCGUUAGGCGUGCUUAUGUUUGAGAUGAUGGCCGGGAGGUCCCCUUUCGACAUCAUCACCGACAAUCCUGACAUGAAUACAGAGGAGUACCUCUUCCAAGUUAUUCUGGAAAAAACUAUUCGCAUCCCAAGGUCCCUGUCGGUAAAGGCUGCCAGCGUGCUGAAGGGCUUUUUAAACAAGGACCCCAAAGAGCGUCUGGGUUGCCAGGUCCAAACGGGCUUCGCUGACAUCAAGUCGCACACGUUUUUCCGCAGUAUAGACUGGGACCAGCUGGAGAAGAAACAGAUGGCCCCGCCUUUCAAGCCCCAGAUCACAGACGACUACGGCCUAGAGAACUUUGACACCCAGUUCACCAACGAACCAGUGCAGCUGACGCCGGACGACGAGGACAUCAUCAAGAGAAUAGACCAGUCUGAGUUUGAGGGAUUUGAAUACAUCAACCCCCUGCUGCUAUCCACGGAGGAGUCUGUAUGAGGGGGAGGAAACCUCCUUUUCUUCUCCCACCUGUGUCUGUCUACUGCCCCGUCCACCCCCACCGCUCUCUCAGCCAAAUCAAUGAACAACUCCCUCUGGCGAGGAGGAGUGGGAUGGAGGGAGAACAAAGGGAGGACAAGAAAUUCUGGGCUUUGCACGAGGGACGAGGCUCGAGGACACAAAUGCAAAAAAGGAGCCUUUUUUCUUUAGUCGUGGAUCUCCCACAAUGGAUUGCAUUAUUUUGUCACCGGGGAAAAACUCUUUGGAGGUGGUCAACACAACAAAAUACACAGGAACAUUCUCAAAACUCAGUUGUUGAUUGUCUUCCUGUUUUUUUUGGCUUCGCGGUUUUGAUUGUUUCAAUUUCUGUGUCAGCAGCACGGCAGAAAGCAACUUAAUUCUGUGCCUGCCAUUGUAGAACCGAUUUUUACAUCCCCCCCGGUGGAAUAUGAAGGUUCUACGACUCAGAACUUGAAUUUAUGUUGUAGGAAGCUCCGCUGCCUCGAGCAAAACAAGAAUGUACAAUGAUGAAGGAAAAAAAUUAUGCUAGAAGUUAUUCUUGUGUAUUCUACUGUAGGUAGCAACUCCAAAUCAAUGCUGCCUUUCUAUUGAUUCAAAGUGGUUCGUUUUAUUCAUGACCAUGGACUUUGUUUAUUUUCUUUAGCCAGUUUGAUUUUCAUGAACGAAUCCGUUUUUUUUUCCCAAAUUUUUUUUUAAUUUAAGAAGUGCCUCAAAGAUCUAAUCUACAUCAUGUUUCUGAUUGCACUCAGCGAUUGUUUCCAAUUCCCUUCAGCUGCCUGGUGGGUUGGUCAGUUCCCUUCAGCUGCCUGGGGGGUUGGUCAGUUCCCUUCAGCUGCCUGGGGGAUUGGUCAGUUCCCUUCAGCUGCCUGGGGGGUUGGUCAGUUCCCUUCAGCUGCCUGGCUGGGUGGUCAGUUCCCUUCAGCUGCCUGGGUGGUUGGUCAGUUCCCUACAGCUGUCUGGGUGGUUGGUCAGUUCCCUUCAGCUGCCUGGGUGGGUGGUCAGUUCCCUUCAGCUGCCUGGGUGGUUGGUCAGUUCCCUUCAGCUGCCUGGGUGGUUGGUCAGUUCCCUUCAGCUGCCUGGGUGGGUGGUCAGUUCCCUUCAGCUGCCUGGGUGGUUGGUCAGUUCCCUUCAGCUGCCUGGUGGGUUGGUCAGUUCCCUUCAGCUGCCUGGUGGGUUGGUCAGUUCCCUUCAGCUGCCUGGUGGGUUGGUCUGUUCCCUUCAGCUGCCUGGGUGGUUGGUCAGUUCCCUUCAGCUGCCUGGGGGGUUGGUCAGUUCCCUUCAGCUGCCUGGUAGGUUGGUCAGUUCCCUUCAGCUGCCUGGGUGGUUGGUCAGUUCCCUUCAGCUGCCUGGUAGGUUGGUCAGUUCCCUUCAGCUGCCUGGGUGGUUGGUCAGUUCCCUUCAGCUGCCUGGGGGGUUGGUCAGUUCCCUUCAGCUGCCUGGUGGGUUGGUCUGUUGGUGAAGAAAGCCAUUGGAACACAUCAUUCAUAAAGACCACAGGUCCUCAAUUCUAAAAAGUUUUCAUGCACUGAUUUGUUUUCGUUAAUUGUUCAUACACUAAAAUGUAGACUAUGCCAAUGUUUUAAGAGUUAAAGAUUUAACAACCUUCAGCUUGAUGAUCACCUUGAGCUUGAUCAUCACAACACAAACUAUCGUCUGUGGGUGAACAGAAUUCUGAACGAUAAUGAAUAGUCCUCCUCUGGGCUACGGUAUGUCACUUAGAACAUCUUAACAAUUCCAAGUUGCCAUGGUAAGUUGCCAUAGUAUGUUGCCGUGGUAAGUUGCCAUGGUAAGUUGCCAUGGUAAGUUGCCAUGGCAAGUUGCCAUAGUACGUUGCCAUGGUAAGUUGCCAUGGUAAGUUGCCAUGGUAAGUUGCCAUAGUACGUUGUCAUGGUAAGUUGCCAUGGUAAGUUGCCAUGGCAAGUUGCCAUGACAAGUUGCCAUAGUACGUUGCCAUAAACAGCAUAAAGAUGUAAGUUAGUUGAUUGCCGUAGAUUGUGAGUGAAGUGCGUUUUAAUGGGGAACUCGUUCUAAAUUGUGCUGAGAACUGAUCGAACGCUCAAAUGUUGUUUAACAACUCAUUUUAUAAAUGAGGCCCCAUGUCUUAUGCCAUUCGAAUGGUUGCAUCUUUAAAAUGAACGUUGUGGAGCACAGUAGCCAGGUUCUGAUGAAAGCAUGGUUAUAUAUGGUUAAAUACAGUACAGGGCUACAUCACUCCUGAAUGAUUGAACCUUUUAACUUAUUAUCUGCAUACACUGGUUCACAAUGUGACCAACUGUGUUGGAUGUCAGUGACUGGCAGGCUGGUGAUUUGGACUUUGACUGCACAGCAGAAGGCUACAUUGAUUAUAAUAGUUGAGGACAUGGUGGUGGGGGAAGACAUUGUUAAGGUGCACAUGCUGACCUGCACUACAACUGACCUGUAAUCAGUGAAUAGGGGCGAGAUUAAUGAAGCUGUGGCAUAUCCACAGAUUAGUCGCAUACUCGAGAAAACACACACACACACACACACACACACACACACACACACACACACACACACACUGUUCAACAAGCAAGCAUUCUCUUCAUCUACGUAAGGGGAGAUUCCACUUUUUCAAAGCCCUUUUACUUUUCACAUCAGUGUCACCAUUUAGUUUUAUUUAUGAACUGUGUUUUAUGUUGAACUCAAAAGGAAAACAUUCACAUGACACUGUCUCGUGAGAGACCAACGGAUUAACUGAAGCGGUAGCUCCUGUAAUUGUUGCUAACGCUUAAGCAGCGGCCAUUUUAAACCAGAAAAAAGAGAAAUUAAAGGUUGGAAUCUCAAUUGUUUUUUCUUUGAUUCCUCACAUCCUCUAUUCUCGUCUCCUCUCGUCUCCUCAAAAUGCAUUAGAGCAGAAGACCGGCGGUUCCUCCCAACACAAUUGAGAUUCCCUUAAAGAGUAUGUGUAAAAAAUGUUACUUAGUACAUGAUUUUUUGUGUGUUUUAAAACAUAUUUGCUGGUUGGAUGUGCUUAAUUCUGCUUUAACGCAUCUCUGUAAAUAUCUGUAAUUAUUAAAAACAAAAAUGUUUUUCCGUGAA